AAUAUCUCUACCUUUAGUGGAUAGAGUGGCUAAAAAUAUCUCACCUGUAUUUCAUCUCGUUGAGUAAGUGUGGUUUUCCAAUGGGUUAUUUUUAAAUCAAAACAAAUUUGGGUUUAAUUAAAGCCAGGGUUGCAUGCAUUGUGUUUUAUUAUCGGUCUCGCUUUCAAAGAGGGAACAUCAAUUUUUUACCCAACUUUCUUUGCGAUACUUUCUAGCUUUGGCUUUUUAUUUUGAUUGGAAAGUACCUAUCUAGACAGAACAGAACCCGAGAAAUGCAUGACAAACACAACGACAGUAAAAAUAGCGUGGAUGUCAAACUGUGUAGACCAACUACAAUGUCUGCUGUGAACGUCUAUCAUUCAAUCAGUCCCCAGUGCAAGAAAGCCGUGGGGGAGUACUUUAGGACAGGAAACAUUAACGAAAAUUCCAUUGCCUAUGAGCAUAUCCAUGAAUAUUUGACAAUAUGCAGCUCCAUUCACGGCCUCUUUGACCUGAGGAAUAUUUGUGUGAAAAAACUUUUUCAGAACUUGAGCAAGAGAACCAUGUUUGAAAUAUUUAACCUGGCCGACGAAUUUGAUUUGUCUGAGGUGACCGUCAGAUGUGCUGAUGAAAUUGUAGACAGCAUCAACCAUGUUAAUAUGUUUCCAGAAUUCAUGUCUCUGUCAAAUUCUCAAAUGGAAGCUAUCGUAAAGAGCCCUCAGUGCAAAUCCAAACUUUGUUUUCGCGACGCUUUGUAUCAGUGGUGGCAGUUUGACAUACAAAAUCGCAGUGAUGUUUAUGAUGACCUGAAACACAAGGUCAAUAACAAAUUGUUUCCGACUUCAAAAAAAUCGUCUGAUGGCAGAUCGUACCUGGUAACAUUGUCGCUAUGUAAAAAAAAUAAUAAGAACCAAUUCUGUCCGGAAGCAAAAGUUAUAGAUGUACUGCAAGAAAAGGAAUAUAGCGGCAGCACGAAGAAGACUAUGGAAGUGGAUAAAGGUUUUGCCGCAUGCUGUCUGCAGCGAGACGCCUCCGAACCUCCAUAUAUCUUUCUAUCUGGCGGAAUACAAAAAUCGUGUAGAAAAAUGCUUGAAUUUGACGUCAUUAUGAACAAAUGGAGAGUCUGCAGCUAUAUGAAGUAUUCACGCUAUUUUCAUACCAUGGAAACUGUCAACGAUAAAGUAUACGUGUUUGGAGGAAAAUCUGGAGAAAAGAACGUUUCCCAAAUCGAAGAGUUCGACCGGAAGAAGAACUCCUGGACGACUGUUGGAAACCUGAAAUGGAAUGUUCACUCUGCGGUUUCCGCCGUGUGUGGAGACUGUGUAUAUCUGUUUGGAGGGAAAUUAGAGACUAGGGACAAUGUAUCUGUCAUCCAAGUUUUUGAUUCCAAGACAAAGUCCGUGGAAACCGUAGGGUAUCUUCCAGUAGAGUGUUCAGGCGGCAGGUGUAUAACCAUCGGCAAUCACAUUUACAUAUUUACUGAACAGUGUCACUGCAUCAAGUACUGUACCGGAGAAAAUGAAAGUGUGUUGCUAAAUGCGCAGCCAGAUUCUCGCCGAGGGUUUGGCGUGUAUUUGAGUGGCACCAACAUCUGUUUAAUUGGCGGACUUGAUUCACAACAGAAUUCACCCGACUGCAAUCUCAAAUACUCAGUUCACGAGGGAACUUGGACACGGUUUCCUCACAGAAGUGACAAAGGUCAAGAAAUAUUUGGUCAGUGUCUUGUGAAGAUUCCCAAUGACAUACAAUAUAUUCCUUUUAGCUGAAUUUCUUUUACAUGAUACAUUAAUGGUGCAAUUCAAUAGGUGCAGCUGCCUUUUCAUGUUUAACAGUAUUUCAUUUGUUUCACAGAUUUAUGUGUUCAAUUUAUCUAUUGAAAUUUUAUUUACAAUGCGUUUGUCACAAGGACGUUUUAAUAAAUAAAAAUAUUUUUAAAAACGAAA